UUCAUAUACACACACACAAGCAUACACAAGUAACCUGCAUCUAAAAGUAAAAGCAAGACAUUGAACAUUGUCGACAGCAGUCUCGGCCUGCGACGAAACAUCGGACCGGCCCACGUCACACUUCAGCAUAUCCCCCCCUGUGUUGCCACUCUGACGCGGCGGCGACAGUCCUGUUAUCGGGUCUGACUCGUCCUCGGCGGCGACGGCGGCAACCACCACACAUACCCAUCAACCACUACCUCCCUCUUCCCCCCAACCCCACAACCCCCUGCACACUCUUGCUUCUGACCAUCACUCUUCCACUUCAUCACUGAUCGCCACCCCCUCACAUCCAUACGCACUACCCAUCCAACGCGACCACACCGCACCGACACGACCACCGACCCUUGUCGACGCGUACCCCCCGGCCCGGCCCACAAGGACCAACACUACCACUCGCGCCUACCGGCCCUACCCCCAUGCCCGCCUCGGACACUGUGGACUAUGCAUCUCCCCACACGUCUCCGAGGCAGUCUAGCGGGUCUACGCGCCGACCACGCGAAGGAGUCGCCUUGGCUGUAGACGACUCACAGUCAUCACUCUUCGCCCCGAUCCUCAACACCAUCCCCUUUGCGUCGCUCAAGGGGUUCCUGCCCCUGUCCCAGCAGAAGCCCGGUGGCGCCGGCGCUGGCGUCGCGUCCUCGUCGUCGUCACCUCCCCUACCGCAGCUGAGCGACUCGUCGGCUGCCUGGCAGGACGUCGACCUCGGCGAUGGCCAUACCUCUCGUGUGCUACUGCUUAGCUCGGCGCGCCAUGCCCUCCAGGUGUUUGUCCUGCGCCAUGGCGUCAUUCCCGACGACCCACACGUCCGCGAGCAGUUCCCGCCACCCGAGGAGGUCGCCUCCAUCCCUGAGGUCGUGUACGAGACUGACGUCAAGGCGAGCGCGUUGCCUGGUGUCCGCCCACUCGGGCGUCUGACAAAGGAGCGCGUCCUGCAUGCUCAUGUGCUGCCCAAGGCGUUCUGGGGAAAGCGAGGACCAGUGGUGGCGCUAACCGUUCACUCCACGGGCUCGCCAUCGCCCCCGCACGGCCACAUUGCCCUCGUGCUCGUGAGCUUGGCCUCGGGCAAGGCGUUCCAGCGUGUGGACCUUGGUGUGGGCGUCACAGCCGCCGUGUCGAGCUCGCCCCGAGUAAUCGCUAUUACCAUGUCACAUCCUACUCCCACUAUUCAUCUAUUCGACCGCAAUCUGUCCAGCAUCCAUCAUAUCGAUAAUCUCCCACCCAACCCGCAUACCCUUUUGCCUGUCGUCAGCCUGUCUGGAAGACUCGUCGCUUAUGCCACGACCGAGCCGGCGGCAACGCCAGGCCCCGACGGCCUUGGCUCCAUCGUCAUGGCUUCCUCGAGCCGGCUCCGAGCGAGCAGCGGCUCUGCACGACCGACUCCGCCGCCCACGACGCAGGGCGCGCUGUUAAGCUCGGCUGUUGAGAUUGGUGGGGGCGUAGCUCGGGGAGUCUGGGCGGGCCUCAAGAUGGGCGCCAAGGCAGCAAGCCAGGCUAGCAGCGGCAGACUCGCCACGAGCGCCCCACCCGAGCGAGGCCCGCUCGAAGCCGAUAACGUGUACGCUGCCGAGAGCCGCUCAGUCGAGGAGGGCGCGUCGCAAGACAGUGGAUCAACCGCUCGGCCCCCCGCUGGUGUCUGGGUCAAGAUCAUUGAUGUCCAGCCCAGCGGCGGUGCUACGCCUGAGCUGAUCGCCCACUUCCGUCUCCCUCCGCCACGCUCACUUGUCGCCUCGCCUCGCCCCUCCGGAGCCAACGGUCGACAUGUGGUGUCCCCGCGCGAGCACCCUAUCAGCUUCCUCUCCUUUUCUCCCCGGUCGUCUCGCCUGUUUGCAGCGACGAGUGACGGGCGUGCGUUCCACCUCCUCGAUGUCCGACCCCGCGGCGCCUCGGCUGGGAAGCGAUCAGCCUGUAAAGGCGAGGUUUGGGUUUCGUACAUCCUCCGCCGUGGCAAUACCUCCGCAGUCGUCCGCUCCGUAUCUUGGGCUCAGGAUGAGCGCUGGAUUGCAGUCGGCACUGGCAAGGGAACCAUUCACGUAUUCCCUAUCAACCCAUCCGGUGGCAAGCCGUCAGCGUCGAGCCACACAUCUGUCAAGGUGGCAAACCCUGUUCAACAACAACCGCUCUCGAUUGAGGUUCAGCCUUAUGCCCGUUUGCGACCACCCGCGGCGACUGCCGAUAUUGAGAGCGAGGCCGUACCGCGGUCGUUUGCGCUCGCAGCUUUCGGAUCCACACGCCUGAACCCUCUUGCCAAGGGGACGCUCUGCCAGGAUGUGGCGAUCUACCAUACGGCAACGAGCCAUCUCGACCUCGCCCGCCUUUCCGCCCACAAGAUCAUUUCGACCGCCCAGCAGGAGCCGAUUGAAGGGUCUCCUCGGCGCAGCAACCUCACCGAGAUGAUGAGAGAGAAGGCAGGGUUCCUCCCCGACGGCGAUCUGGCAGUCGACAGCGAAGUCAAGUCUCGAUGGGCUAUCCCCUUAGGCGGCGGCCCUGCCAACGAGGCGGCUGUGGCGUUGAAGCUCCCUUCCAAGGCGCCACUCAAGGCUGCCGAAGACAAGAGUCUCCGCCACGCUGAAAUCCGCACGCAUAGCAGCAGCCUGCGUCUGUUGCCCCCGUCAAUCUACCUCUCGCCGCAGGUCGAGUUCUACGGUGCUGUACCGACCGAUGACUACUCGCCGUUGUCAGUCCUUGACAAGGUAGCGCGCACGAAGCGGAUGGUGUACCGCCCGGAAAUUGAGGUCCACCCUGCGACGCCCGACGCAAACUCAUUUGGCGAGCCCCUCAACUCUGCGCUGCACUCUGUCCUCGAGUCGCGGCCUGCGCCACAGUUACCUCAGCUGCCCAAUGGCUCACCCUCCAAGGCAUCGCUUUGGAACUCGAUUCCGAUCCGCUCCGUCACUGCCAACAUUGGCGAUGGAGUUGAGCGUGUGCGUCGAGAGUAUGCCCGUGCUCAGCACGCGCGACAGCGCCGCCGCGAAGGCAUCCCGACGGGCAGCAGCCUGAGCUUUGAGGACGACACGGUGUUCGCAACGGCCGCGGAUGACGCCGAGUCGUCUCUGAGCUCUGGCCAACUGCCCACGACGAGCAGCUCGGUUGUGGACGACGAGCAUGAUGAAGAGUGGGGUGAUGGGUGGGAGCAGGAGUACGAGCGAGCUGUGGAGGACGAAGGGCCAGAUGACCUGAUUCUGGGGUUGAUGGACGAGCAGGAGGAGGAGAGGAAGCGGUGGGAGGCGAAUCAGAAGGAGAUGGUGGCGAAGUUUGAGAAUCUGUAAGGAGCACAACUGGUCAUUUGUCAGAAGUUAGGUUGGCGUAUGCAUGUCGCCGUGUACAUUAG